UGACAAUCCAUCAUGAAGAUCUUUGCUCUUUUGGCUUUCGCUAUGGUUUUGAUGGCUUGCAUGGUGCAGGCUCAACCCGUUGCCGUGGUGGAGAAUUAUCCGGCAGGUUCUCUUCUGGACAUUCAGGAUGCCCACCAGCAGGUAGUGCAGCACAGUCGCCAAAAGCGAGCCACCUGCGAUCUGCUCUCCAAGUGGAACUGGAACCAUACCGCCUGUGCCGCCCACUGUGUCGCCAGGCGGUUCAAGGGGGGUUAUUGCAACGACAAGGCCGUCUGUGUUUGCCGAAAGUGAUUUCGUACCAGAACUGGUAAUUGACAAUUUUCCGAGAAACCAAGUAUGAAAAAGUCCUGUUCAACCAACAAUUAAAAGAAUAAAGUACCUUAAAUAAACUGAAUUUAAAAAAAUGUUUCCUUUAA